CACACUUAAAUAAAAAACAAAUUUAAACCUCGCAUUUAAGCAAUUGGAUUUUUAUGUUUGUCGGGUAGAAUAAAGGAGAUUGUAAGAUGACCACGCCUGUGCCGCGUCGCACCAAGGACAUGGUGGCUUUGGGACUAGAUUCCGACUCGGAGGACGACUUUAAUACUCCAUACCGACCGCAGCGAUCACGGCCAGCUGCGGCAGGAGAAAGAAAACAGCAGCCGGUGGCGUCUUUCCAAAUCCAGGCGAGGGGCAAGGAGAACGAACCACAUCCUGUGCCCAUGGAUAUGCUUCCUCGCCGAGUAUCGGAAUUAACGAUGAUGGAUUCUGACAGCGAGGAGGAGGACGUCAGGAGCAAUCACAACCUUAACUGCGCCAUUUUAAACGAUUCCUUCGUAUUAAGCCCCUCCCAAGAAUUAACAAACAGCAAUGGCAACAUAACUCGUCGAUCACCUGCCGCCGUCCCUCUCAAGCAAUCCGAUUCGAAUCUCUCGUUCCUGGGAAGAUUUAACAACAUGGGCAUUAAUUGCAACAAUCAGGGAUCUCCAGUUGCGAAGUCUGAGAAGCAAGUAACUAAGAAGCCAGCGCCCACAAUCCAAGCCGUGUCGGAAAGGAUCCCACUCCAGGACACUGAAACGCCACUGCGCAAUGAGAUCUCCUCCUCAAAACCAAAACCGGAUGCGGACUUCAUCACCCCUCAAGUGCGAACUAUUGGAUCCACGCUGGCUGGAAAAAGUCGAAGUGUUGUGUCGAAUGACUUCCGCGCGCAGAAGGUGCUCUUCCAAACGCCCAUGACCGUGAGUCGUGCUGCUCCAGUUGCCUCCGAUAGCAUAAGCUUCUCGCUGUGCGACACUAUCAGCGAGAGUCCCGACAUUCCAGUGCCUCCAAAGGCAGAUCCUCCGAAAAGUCAGCAUCAGUCGAAAAAGUCUCUGGAUAAUGUGUUUCGGGAGUCAGAUAAGGAAAGUGCGCCAGUCAACGUUGACGUCGUAGAGCCCAAAGAACAAGUGUCUAAUCCAGUAAUUACUGUCCAUCCGGAUCCACCUGCAUCCUCCUCCAAAACCUCUAAUAUACUAAAAAUCAAGAAUCAUGAGUAUACGAUUGCCAAGAAGCUGGGCUGUGGUGGAUCAAGCUCGGUUUAUUUAGCUCGUCGCUCGGAUUCGGGAGACGAGUUCGCCCUAAAGGUGGUGGACCUGCAGGCCGAUCCCCAAGUGGUGCAGGGCUACCUCAACGAAACCAAGCUCCUGGCAAAGCUACAGGGAAACGUCUGCGUUGUUGCGCUUUACGAUUAUCAACUUGUGCGCGAAGAGUCCAAGCUGUAUAUGGUGAUGGAGAAGGGUGAUUGCGAUCUGAACAAGAUCCUGCAGAGCUACACAACCAACCUUCCGCUUUACAGCCUGAUGAACAUCUUGUAUCAGAUGCUGCAGGCGGUAAACUACAUCCAUCAGAACGGUGUCAUCCACUCAGAUCUCAAGCCGGCCAACUUUCUAAUGGUUAGCGGGAGACUGAAGCUAAUUGAUUUUGGCAUCGCCAGUAAUAUCUCUUUGGACUCGACAAGCAUCAUAAAGUUUUCGCAGGCGGGCACUUUCAACUACAUUAGUCCGGAGGCUUUGACGGACACCUCUACGGGAAACAGUCCGAUGCGCGGAGCCAAUCAGCCUAAGAUCAAGAUUUCCACCAAGUCGGACGUGUGGUCGUUGGGUUGCAUCCUCUACCUGCUGCUCUACCAAAAGACGCCCUUUGGCCACAUCCGGAACAUCUAUGCUAAGAUGAGUGCAAUUGCCACUCCGGGCACCAGCAUUGAAUUUCCCGCAAUUCCUCCAUACUAUCCCGUCAUGCUGGUUCAUAUGACCAAGAACUGCCUUCAGCUGAAUCCCAAGAACCGGCCGUCGUGCACUGAACUACUACAAUAUCCAUUUCAUAUGAUCAUUCCGCUGCAGAAUUUGCAGAUACCCAGCAGUGCCGCCACCAGUAAUUAAGCAUGAAAGCUCAACUAUUUAUUAGUCAAAUGUCAAAGGUCAAAUGUCUUUCUCAUAUGUGUGUGUAUAUAUUUAAUUCUCAUUUAUCGUAAAUUAAACAUCAUAAAUCCUUACAAUG